AUGAGAACGCCUAGGAAGAAAAUAACGUUCAAGACACCAAGAAAAGGCACCAAGACACCUGUAAAGGAUGGCCAUGCCUCGGACACCAAGGAGAACAAAACCCCGAAGAUAGAGAAUAAGGACGAGCAGAAGGGUCUUGACUCUGCAUCUAGAUACAAACAAAUUCUUAUUGAAAUGAAGAUGAAGGAAGAGGACUUGAUAGAGAGCUAUAAGAAGGAAAACGAGUACCUGCGGUCUUUGAAGACAGAUGCUCUACUCUACAAGAAGUUUGUUGGAUUUGACAUAGUGGAGAGCAACGGGUGCUAUGAGGUGACACAUGAGAUUGUAUCGAACAAUAUCACCAAGUUCAUCAGGUUUGUUUUGACUCCCGAGGACAGCUCAUACAUCUACAAGCUUGUUGAGUCCAGGAACAUUGAGCUCCCAGACUUCCUGAGUGAGGAGAUAACGUUCGAUGAAUGCCAGAUAAAGACUUUCUUUUUCAAGGUAAUGGAGGCUGUCAUCACAAAGAAGAGUUGA